AUGGGGUUUUCCAAGGUCAUGAGCUUUUCCAAGUUCCUCAUCUUAGCCUUGGCAAUGGUGGUUGCCGAUUCCACCAGUACCCUUGAUGAGGCCAGCUGCCAGCCAUGCAUUUUGGAUCAUCGUAAGGUUGAAGGUCAAUUCGAGACGUCGAGGGAUUCUGAGAUAAAUCAUCGCCUGCUCGCCGAGAAACGAAAAGCUAUUAGCUACGAAGCAAUUAAGGAAAACGUAGACCGGUGCAACCGACCUGAAUGUCUGAAGGGUGAGCCAGUCAACCCUUACACCCGCGGUUGCACCUACGCUAUGGGUUGCAGGAGGAUCACUGAUUGA